AGAGAGAGAGAGAGAGAGAGAGAGAGAGAGAGAGAGACGCCCACGCGAGGCUCGGUCGCCAAGCCGCGUUUAUUCUGUUUGUGUAAGUCGGUAGUUUGUGUGUCUGCGGCUGAUGGAAAAGUGGCCGGUGGUUUGCAACCGUGACUCGGCGGCACAUGACGACGCGUUUGCGUGUACGCUGGUCCUCCCCACGCGGCGCGUGACAGGAACCUUCUAUUCUGCAACGUUUAUUAAAUGUGUCUAUCUAGCCGUUUUUAUCGGUUUCUCAGCCAAUUUCUCAAGAUCUCCUUUGACAUUAUUGAAUAAUUUUGUGAUUUUAAAAAGUAGCCGUUUGAAUAUGUUAUAUAUCUAUAAGGGAUAUGAGUCACCAAUAUCUCACAUUUUUUGGUAAAAAUAUCUAAUUUUAUGAUAAAAAUCAGUAAUUGAAAAUUGUUGGGGAAAAAACUGAUUGAUCCCCCCAAUGACUUCUCUCUUGAACUUUGUGACCUCUAUUCUGGACUAAAAAAGAUGGAUCCAUUAGUCUCUCUUCUGGCUGUCUGGGGGUCAAAGGGUACAUUCCUUCAACGUCUGGUUACUGUCCUUGUUGCCACAAACCUCUCUGAUGUGUUAAUUAAAACUUCUAUUUACCCCAAGAAGCUUGGUCAGAUCUUCCUGCUCUUCUAAGGGAGAAGGAACAAUCUUUCCCUUUUCAGCUCAAUCGAGUCAUUGGACUUCUGUCUGUACCUACGGCUUGUGUUUGGAGAUUUCUGUUUUCUUUGGGAUUUUUCUAUAUUGUAGUUAGUAAUAAAUACUUAAUUAGGAAACAAGUUUAAGAUACUUUUGAUUUCUCACAAGGGACAUUAUCCACUAAUUUUAACCACAAUAAUAUUGUUAAUUCAUAUCCAAAUGCUGUACUUUGACCAGGGAGACACUAAAAGCCACCUGAACAGUAUGAAUAAUCCAUUUCCAUUAAAAAGCAACAUCUUCAUUGCUCACUAGUACUCGUAUGGGUCAUAUUUUCUCUUCAGAUUGUUUCAUCUGAGCAGUUGCUAAGAGGAUAGGAUAAGAGUUGCCAAUCCAGCAUUGUCACUUAAACUCAUCAUUUACUGUGUGAUUCAUUUAUUGUGUUUACUCCCAUUUUAAUUAGCAACCCCUUUCAGGGUCUCAAUGUCCUGGUGGGAACCACAGGGAUUCUAUACAUACAAGGAGCUGACAAAUACUAAAAAACUUUUCAGUUUUGGUUCAUGCUUCUGUUUUUUUCAGUUUUUGUAUGCCAUUGUGACCUCUUCUCCUUGUUUAAAGAUGAACUUCAGCACAAAUACUCAUUGUAGCAGUCACACUAGCAAAGAAAACCUUCCAGCUUCAAGCAAAGUCGACGCACUGCACGCUCAGCGACCCAAACAGCGGAGGGUCCUCGGUGUGUUGUCAGAAAAUGAGCAGCGUGGUCGAUCGCUCAGCCAGGGGAGCCACUUUUCCAAACACAGUUCGAUCUCAGACAGCUUCCAGCUCGUCACCCUCGGCAGCCCCCCCACUUCCAGCUUUGAUGUGUACGUCGAGGAGGCUUGUGAAGUUGUCCUUGCGGCCUCUGGUCAAGAAGUGGUCUCGGACAGCUUUUACCUAGACAGCAGAUCUGCUGGAUUGCAACAUGAACAUUUGAGACUUCUGCUGGAACUGAGUUCAAGUUCAUGCCAGGAUGCUUCUAUGCAGUCUGAAGCAAGUAACUCUUUGAUGUCAGAGGAGGUGUUUUGCGUUUCAGAGUAUGCAGAGGACAUUCACCAGCACUUGAGGGAGAGUGAAAUGAGGACAAAGCCGUGGCCAGGCUACUUACUAAAACAUCCAGAGAUCACCAACGACAUGCGGGUCAUUCUGGUGGACUGGCUGGUGGAGGUCGUCCAGGAGUACGAGCUCCGUUCUGAAACCCUGCACCUGGCUGUCAACUACUUGGACCGCUUCCUCUCCUCCACGGCAUACGUGAAACGGGGCAAGCUGCAGCUCAUUGGCACAGCUGCGUUGCUGAUUGCUGCAAAAUAUGAGGAGAUCUCCCCUCCAGAUUUGAACGAGUUUGUGUACACCACGGACAACACCUACACUAAGAAUCAGCUGGUGCAGAUGGAGCAUGUUUUCCUGAAAGUGCUGGCUUUCAGGAUGGCAGCCCCCACCACAAACCAGUUCCUACGCCUCUUCAUGUCCAUCCACUCCGUCUGUGCCAACACCGAGAACCUUGCACUCUAUGUAGCAGAGUUAAGCCUGCUGGAAAUGGAUCCAUUCAUACAGUACACCCCGUCUCUGGUGGCAGCUGGAGCGUACUCCCUAGCCGCUUACACUGUAAACAAAUCUCUCUGGCCUGAUUCCUUAAUUGCCUUUACCGGCUAUACCACGACUGAUAUUGUCCCUUGCACGACUGACCUUCACAAGCUUUACGUCAGUGCAGCGAGUCGCCCACAACAGGCCAUCAGGGAAAAAUAUAAAAGUUCCAAGUAUUGUUGUGUUUCAUUGAUCACUGCACCUGCUGUUCUGGACUUAACAUAGCAAGAUAGCCCACCCUCCUUUGAUGCUUCUGCCCCAACAAUAUUACAUGAAAUCUAAAACGUACACAGCUCUAAAACGUACGUUUCUGCAGCCAAUCCUGUAUAAAACACCUUCCCCUGGACACUUAAUUACCUUGUUUUUCAUCAUACAUUCCUUGUUUAUAC